AUGUGGCCAUUCGCGCCGUCCUACCCCACAGUCCACGCGAUCGAUAUCCACGAUCAAACCUUUGACUACAUCAUUGUCGGCGGCGGCACAGCAGGCUGCGUUCUGGCCUCGCGCCUGUCCGAAUCUCCCAACGUCUCCGUCCUCCUCCUGGAAAAAGGCCGUGUACGCGACAACUUCCUCUCUCGCAUACCCCUUCUCUCGCAAAACUUCGAAUUCCCGUUCCUCCAGUCCGUCCGUCGCGACUCCGACCCGAUCCCCGCUGCCAAUGGCAGACGAGCGGCACUCUGGACCGCUGAGGCCUUGGGCGGGGCGAUACGAAUCAAUGCCUUGCUAUGGACAAGAGGUGGGGCAGGGGGGUACAACCAGUGGGCCGAAGGCCAUGGACUAGAGGACUGGAGCUGGGAGAGGGUCGAGCCGUGGUUUAGGAAGAGCGAGGAUGUUGUCAGGCCUAGGAAGCCGGGGCUCACACUUGGGUGUAUACCCUUCGUGGAGGAAGCGGCGAGGAGAGUUGGGUUACCUGUGGGGGAGGGGGUGAAUGACCCAGGUGCAAACGCACAGGGAUGCUUUGUGAUGGAUCAGACUAUUGACGGGAAGGGUCAGAGAGUGUCGGCGUACAAGGCUUGGUUGCCGAGGGAGACGGUGAGGGAGAGGAUGGGGCUGAAGAUCUGUACCGGAGUGGUAGCUUCGAGGCUCCUCUUCAGCAAGGAUGGGACACGGGUGACGGGUGUGAGGGUUCGAGAAGGUGACCGCGAGUAUACGGUCAAGACCCGGAGGGAGGUCAUCGUCUGCAGUGGGACCAUCUGCACGCCUCACUUCCUGAUGCUCAGUGGCAUCGGACCUCGCCAGCAUCUCGAAUCCCUCAAGAUCCCAGUUCUCCACGACCUCCCAGCAGUAGGACAGGGUCUCUCCGACCAUACCUCCGUCCCCAUCAUCUUGGACCUCCCACGCGAACAUACCCUCCACUGCCUCGAAAACGCCUUCGUCUUCCUCUGGCACCUUCUCCUCUACCUCUUCUUUGGCAGAGGCCUACUCGCCAAUGGAACUACUCCCCGAAGCAUCUUCGUACGCACCGCAGCUCUGGAGGCGAAUACAAUGACCGUUCGACACAAUGACGACUCAGACCAAGACACCAUGGAGGCUUCUCUGCCUCGGAAUGUCCCGGACGUCGAGAUCAUGAUCAACCCCGUCAACUGCCUGACCGUGAGCAUCUCGGGCAAGUCACUCUUCACGUGGUACACAACGCUCAUCCAACCAUAUUCGAGGGGGCAUGUCAAGCUUGCGUCUGAUGACCCGCUGGCUGACCCGAAGAUCUGUUACCCGAUGAUGACCGAUGCCAGAGAUCGAGCGACAAUGAGGAAGGCGGUGCGGUUCACUAUGCGAUUGGCGGAAGAGUUUACAAACACAGGAUAUCCGCACGAGGCACCACUGAGGAUUGCGCCGGGAAUGGAUUUGGUGUAUUUGGACGCCCUUUACGAACCCCAGACGGGGUUGUUACAAAGGUUCUGGACGACGAAGAAGCCAGCGGAUGAGGAGCCCGUUCCUGUGCCUGGUAAGGAUCUUUUGCCAGGAGCCACACAACUAUCUGCUUCUACGUCCACACACAGCAAAUCCAAAAAGCAGCAGUUCCAAAAACCAAAUUGGCGCACAGUCACAGAAAAGGAAAUAGAUGCCUACGCCUCCCGCGUCUAUCCCGAGUGCGCAUACGAUGGCACCGGUGGUCAUGAUGGCGGAACGAUGCGCUGA